AUGCUACUGGAUACCAUCAUACGGAGAAAUCGUGUAAAAAGGGAGUCGAGCGGAGUUGAAGGGAGCCGGAGCGGGACCAGAGAUCGCGGAGCGGGGCCGGAGACAACGGAGCGGCCCCGCCAACAUGAACGCGGUGCCAGCACCUCGGCAGUGCAUAUCCAGGACGAUCGGAAGCGACGACUGCAGUGUGAAAGUACUGCUGAUAGACCAGAGAUAAACUUUACGAACACUAUGACUGAGUUCCACCUUAAGACAUUUCCAGCUUUUCAUCUGAACUGUGCAGCGGGGCUGCGCUGCGCAUUUGUGGCUGUGUUCACCGCGCUGGGUGCUUAUGCCGCCGUGUUGAGUGAACCCGUGCCGGCGCCGGGUCUGUCCGCCUGUGGCGGGUGCCUACGGGGCGGCGCCGAGCAGCGGGGCAGUGGCGGUGGUCUCGCCGCCUGCGCGGCCCCGGCUCGGAGCGGUGCCCCCGCGUGCGUGCACGCCGGCGGCCCCGGGCGCGGCGGGCGGCGGGGGGGCUCUGUUUCCCCCGCACUGCUGACAGCCAUGGUCCCGGGGGGUUUCCUGGAUUCUCACAUUGAGGUGUCUAGAGCUUUCCGUCGCGACAUUUACCCAGUGGUAGCCAACCCCUAUACACUGUUAACCACAUUGACAGAGGAUUUAGGAUGGUUUACUGUACUCGACCUUAAAGAUGCCUUUUUCUGCAUUCCUGUACACAAAGAUAGCCAGGAGAUUUUUGCCUUUGAAUGGGAAAAUCCUGAGACAGGGAGAAAAACGCAACUAACCUGGAGAGUUCUUCCACAAGGCUUUAAGAACAGUCCAACGCUUUUCGGAAAUCAGUUGGCAAAGGAACUGGAGGACUGGAGAAGACAGCAGCAAGAAGGAGUUGUUCUGCAGUAUGUUGACGACAUCUUAAUUGCAGCCAAAAACCGGGACCAAUGCAUCGAGCUCACUGUAAGUCUCUUGAACUUUUUGGGGCUAAGUGGGUAUCGGGUCUCGAGAGAAAAGGCACAGAUAGCCAAGGAGAUAGUCAUCUACCUGGGACUUGAAAUCUAUCAUGGGCAUCGGCGACUCAGUACAGACCGAAAAGAGGCCAUUUGCCGUCUCCCAGAGCCCCACACUGUACGAGAGAUGCAGGCUUUCCUGGGAAUGGUAGGAUGGUGUCGGCUGUGGAUAGCUAACUAUGGGUUGCUAGUCAAACCUCUGUAUGAAGCCCUGAAAACGGCCAAAGAGGGAGUUAUAACAUGGACAGAUGAGACCAGAGAUGUGUUUAAGCAACUGAAACAGUCCUUGAUGUCAGCUCCAGCAUUAGGACUACCAGAUUUGACUAAACCGUUUGAACUGUUCACACACGAGCAGUUGAAUGUUGCUCUGGGGGUAUUAUCACAAACUCUGGGAAGCCAAAGAAGAGCUGUGGCUUAUUUCUCCAAACAGCUGGACAGUGUUAGCCAAGGGUGGCCGGGGUGCCUGCGAGCUGUCGCAGCAACUGUUAUCCUGAUUGAAGAAGCCCGGAAGCUCACCCUUGGGCAGCAUAUCACUGUGUAUGUACCCCAUGCAGUUCAAGCCGUGCUUGAACAAAAGGGAGGCCACUGGCUGUCCCCCAGCAGAAUGCUUAAGUACCAGGUUGUGUUGCUGGAACAGGACGAUGUUACCCUAAAAACAACAUCUAUUGUAAAUCCAGCUAUGUUUCUGUCUUCAACACUAACUGACAGUGUCCCCGAGCAUGACUGUUUGCAGACUAUAGAGGAGACUUACUCCAGCAGACCAGACCUGAAGGAUGAGCCCCUGGAAAACGCAGACUGGGAACUGUAUACAGACGGAAGUAGCUUCAUGCGAGAUGGUAAACGCUUCACAGGGUAUGCAGUAACAACCAGAGACGAAGUGAUCGAGGCAAAAGCCUUGUCAGCAGAUGUGUCAUCCCAAAAAGCAGAAUUAAUUGCACUGACAAGAGCCUUGGAACUGAGUGAAGGAAAGAAGGUAAAUAUCUGGACUGACUCAAAAUAUGCAUUUAGUGUUGUACAUGCCCACGGAGCCAUCUGGAAGGAGAGAGGACUACUGACAGCCCAAGGCAGUGGAGUCAAGCAUGCAGACCAAAUCCAUGCACUCCUGCAGAGUAUUUGGAAACCAGAGGAGGUAGCUAUUAUGCAUUGUAGGGCCCACCAGAAGGGGAAAACAAUUCCCGAGUUGGGAAAUCAGUUUGCUGAUCAAGCAGCAAAAAGGGCUACAGAAAAAGGCAUCUUGGCAGUAGUGCCACAAAAAGAAAUUGAUUUGACAAAAUACACCCCUAAGUAUGAUGAGAGAGACAAUCAGCUAAUUAAAUCAUUGAAAGCUGAAAUCAAAGAAGGGGGGUGGGUUGUUACCCCUACUGGACAGGUUGUAGUUCCACCACCGCUCCUUAGGGAAAUAGCUCAACAGGAACAUGAGGCUACCCAUUGGGGAACGGAAAAUCUCCUGAAACAUCUAAAGAAAAUAGUAAUAGGAACAAAUAUGACCGAAGCUGUGCAGUCUACGGUAGGUAAGUGUGAGAUCUGCAAACGAAAUAAUCCAGAUACAUCAAAGAGAGUGGUACUAGGGGUAACAAAAGCUGGAGACCAACCCGGAGAUUACUGGCAAAUAGAUUUUGCUGAGUUACCACCAUGGGGGGGGUACAAAUACAUCCUUGUACUAGUUGACACUUUCAGUGGAUGACCUGAAGCAUACCCCUGUCGCACUAAUGCAGCAAGGGAAGUGGUAAAAGCUUUAUUAAACCACAUAAUUCCAAGGUUUGGGGUUCCUCUAGGAAUGGCAUCAGAUAGAGGAACACAUUUUAUUGCGACAGUAGUAAAAGAAGUAUGCCGCAUCCUGGGAAUUGUCUGGGACCUACAUACCCCCUAUAGACCUCAGGCUAGUGGCAAAGUUGAACGAAUGAAUGGCACCUUGAAAAUGCAAAUUAGUAAAAUUUGUCAGGAAACAUCUAUGUCCUGGGUUCAGGCUUUGCCACUAGCUCUGCUGAGAAUUCGUAUCCAGCCGAGGCGGAGGGAUAACAUAAGCCCCUAUGAAAUAUUAUAUGGAAGACCAUAUCAGGCACCACACGUACCAGGGGAUGUACACUUAAGAGGGAGAGCCGAUUUACAAAAAUAUUUGAUUGCUUUAGGCUCUACUUUGCAGAAGCUGCAGAAGGUCACUGAGUUAUCCAGACCUAUAGGACUGGACACCCCUGCUCACCCAUUUCAGCCAGGAGACUGGGUCUACGUCAAGUGGUGGAACAGUGACCCCUUGCGAGCCAAGUGGAGAGGACCUUACCAAGUCCUGCUGACCUCCCUCACCUCCAUCAAAGUUGCUGGCAGAGAACCCUGGUUCCACUACUCUAGAGUCAAGAGAGCAUCAGCUCCUGGGACAACCAACCAGACAGAAACAGACACCGACGACGAGGAUGUGGAAUAGACUGCUUGUUCUGUGUAUUCUGUUCAUGCAACCGGUAACCAUGAACCGAGUUUGGGACCAAAAAUCGCAUGUGGCCCUAGUCCAAAACGUAUCUAAAAUUCUCCGAAAAACGGAAUGCUGGAUUUGUACUCAAGUACCAGCAAUUGAUGAUGAGAAUAGUGAGUGGCCCCUAAUUGGCAUUUUACUAAAUGAGACAAACUUCGGCAAGUCCAUGAUGAAUUUCCCAGGGACCUGGAAGCCAGUUACAGAGGCCUAUUAUCCAGUGACCUUAAGUAAUGUAAUUUCUAAUCAGGACGUUGUUCCCUGUAUGAUCAUAAACGCUACAGGAAAAAUCAUUCUACCCCCCUACUGUGAUAAAAACAAUUUAAAAGAAGAAAUAAACUCAGAAAUUGUUGCAGGGAUGGCACAGUUCCCUUUGAGAUUAAUUCCUCCCCAGGGUUCGGGAUGGUAUUGGAUUUGUGAAAAGGAAGCCUGGAAAGUUUUGCCUCUUGAUAAGGAUCGGGCCUGUGCUCUGGGGGCAGUGAUUCCAAAUAUAACAAUUCUUGAUCCAAUUGAUGAACCAGAAUGGGAAAGACCCUAUCCAAAAAGAGUGAAAAGAACUAGCAAUCCCCUCAUUGAGCGCCCUACGAUUUUCCAUAGCAUAAUCAGAGCUUUAGUCCCAUCUCUAGGAGUGAGUGAAUUGGAAAAGGCAAUUGUAAAUAUUUCGGCUGUUAUGGAAAACAUACAAGAUCACACUCUGGAUGCAAUUGAAACCCUGAAAGAACAGUUCCAAAGCUUGUCUCGUGUGGUAAUACAAAAUAGAAUGGCCCUCAAUUUUUUGCUAGCCUCACAAGGAGGCGUGUGUAAAGUCAUCAAUACCAGCUGCUGUUCUUACAUAGAUCAGACUGGUAGAAUUAAUAAUGAUUUGGCCGCAAUUCGAAAUCAAACCAAAAUUUUUCAUCAGAUAUCUCUGGAUGAUGUCUCCCUAGGUUUAGGAGAUGUCCUCAACAAACUCACCUCAUGGUUGCCGAACUGGACAUGGAUGAAACAACUGUUUAUCUUAGUAUUGUAUAUACUUAGUGUUAGUGUAAUAGCUCACUGCAUGCACCGAUUUUAUAGUUGUUGUAAGUGUAGGUAGUAGAGAUUGGACAAAGACCUUUGGGUUUUGUCCAGUCUCUAAGGAGGGAACUGAUGCCUUAAGCCCCUAAUGUUUUUUUUAUUUUUCUAAUAUUUGUAAGACUGGUAAGAAUUGUAGGUUUUAAAAAGCAGAAACCCCUUUGUCCCCUUGUUCCUUUCCCUUGUUUACACAUUCCCUAACCCUUUUACCCCAUUCUAUGCCUUCCAUAUCAACCUACCCCUGAAUCCAGAAGCAGUGUUUAGUCUUUUGUCAAGGCAAAGGCCUAGACUGUUUUGAGAACAGCGUAUCGGGGCCUAAACCACAGAGUACGGUCAAAAACUAGGUAACAAUGUACCCUUUGUACUCUGAUGAAGUUGAAGAUGAUGAAGUAGGUGGUCCCAAAAAGACCCCAGACCCAAUUUUCAGGGGGAGGGCCCGGGGCGGUCCAGAGGAAGGGCCAAAGGGUGGACACAUCUGGGACUGGAUGGAUAAUGUUAUAAAAUGUAACCUCUCGGGCACGGCGGUGCGCGUCUAUAUCACCUAUUGCCUUGGCAAAUAAACCCUUUCUUAUCU